AUGUUUGACGGUUGGACCCACGCUGGCAUUCACUUUGUUGCUCUCUACGCCGUCUACGAGACAGCUGGUAAGCUGCGCAUACCGCUACUUGGUAUGUCUCCCCUUGAAGACGGCGAUCAGACGGCAGACGCCCACAUCAAGCCGUUCAAGAACAUCCUGGAUGUGUACGACAAGACCAGCGACAUGGUGGGGUUUCUGGUGGGGGACAACUGCGCAACUAACCAGUCCAUUGCAACCAAGAUGGGUAUCCCCCUCGUCGGCUGCGCCAGUCAUCGUUUCAACCUGGCUGUGAACAAGUUCACGGAGCCGUAUGGCGACUUACUGGACGAAGUCAACAACCUUAUGGUGGAGCUACGUCAUGAAAACAACCGUGCCGAGCUGAAGAAGUACACCGAUCUCGUCCCUAUCAAGCGGAACGUCACGCGUUGGUCCUCGACGUUUACAAUGGUGGAGAGGUACAUUCGUAUUCGCGCAGAGAUCAAGAAGGUCGACGCCGUGGAGAAAAUGGUCCCAACCGGCGGGAAGCGCCGGAAGUUGGUCGCGCUGUUUGAGCACCUCAAGAAGUUCGAGAGCGUCUGUAAGCGGCUUCAGCGCGAGGACACCGAUAUGGGAGAGGUACGCCUGAUGUUCGACUCCCUCAUCGUGGAGUACCCUGUCAUGUCAGAGCAUCUGAAGUCGACCGCCAAGAUCGUCCAUACGCCUGCAUUCGAAUCGGCCCCAAAUACCACACGUUACAUACCGCUCGUGAAAAUGGUUCCUCCGACGUCAGACACGGUCGAGCGGCUUUUCUCUCAGUGCAAGCUGGUAUUGACACCGCAGCGUCGAUCUAUGCUUCCGGCCAACUUCGAGCAGCUGGCGUUUCUCCGGGUCAACCGCGGCAUGUGGGACGUUUCCACAGUAGCCCGAGUUAUCAAGCAGCAGGGUAGCAAAACUAGCAGAGGCAUUGAUAGUGGGGAGCGUUCUAGCUACAUAACUCAAUAA